AUGCCUCUAGAUCCAAAAGAUGAGCCCUUUCCCUACAAGCAGCUCAUCAUCGUCGGAAUAUGCCGAUUCUCCGAGCCCCUUGCGUUCAACUCCAUCCUGGCGUACUCGUACGUCAUGGUAAAAGAUUUGGGCAUUCAUGAGAAAGAUGCAUCCUUUUACUCGGGUUUGCUCCUCUCAGCGUAUGCUGUUGCAGAAGCCAUCACCGCGCUGGGCUGGGGCGCCAUUUCCGAUGUUUAUGGCAGGAAGCCCGUGGCGCUGGUCGGCUUGGCGGGCGUGGCUCUGAGCAGCCUUGCGUUCGGCUUUGCGAAGACGUACUGGGUUGCUCUGCUGGCACGCUUUGUCGGCGGCGCGUUGAACGGAAAUGUUGCCAUCAUGCAGACUAUGGUGCAGGAAAUGGUCAAGAAUCCGGCGCACGAGCCAAAGGCAUACGCCACGCAACCAUUUGUUUGGACGCUCGGUGGUAUCAUUGGAUCGGCCAUGGGUGGUUUCCUUGCGCAGCCUGCGAAAUACUACCCCGGCACGUUCUCUGAGGAUGGUAUCUUUGGGAGGUAUCCGUAUUUGCUACCCAACGUCGUAGCAGCCCUCGGAAUCGUUUUGGCCAUCGUCCAGGGUAUCCUUUUCUUGGAAGAGACGCUGCCCGAGCAGGAAGAGCCUGAAGAGACGACACAAGCGGCCCUCAUCGAACCCACCAUCAACGAGCGAGCUCCUUUGCUCUCGAACGGUCAUUCGACGUUGCCUCGAGAUGCUGGACGAGCUCGCGAUCGCAGCUCGUUAACCCGUGCCUCUGUCUCGCGCGCCUCCCGCUCACGAGCAUUCUCUGGUGGUAGCUUCCGUGCCCGCUCGUUCUCCAUUGUGGACGGCCUGCGCCAAAUCCGCAAGAAGCCUUCAUUCAUGGAAGAUGGUAUGCCGUCAGCCAUUGACCAGCGGUUUGAUAUCCGUCGAGACUCUUUCGGUACGAUGCACAGCAUCAAAAUUGCGCACCAUGAGGUCCUUCCCGCGCCCAUCACUCGUCCCGAUCCCACGGGCCCGAAGAAGACGUUCAACCGAACAGUCGUCAUGCUCACGCUCGCCUUGACCAUCAUCGCUUUCCACCAGAUGGCGUACAUCACCAACUUACCCGUCUAUCUCCUCGAUGAAUCCGCCAAGGACGGCAUCGACUUCACCGGCGGCUUGGGUCUCGAUCUCCACGACGUAGGCACUUUCCUCGCCGUCAACGGCCUGAUCGCGCUGUUCACACAGGGCGUCAUCUUCCCGUUCUUCGUGGAGAAAGUAGGCGUCUGGAAUACCUUCGUCAGCAUGAUCGUCCUAUACCCGACGACCUACCUCAUCGUCCCCUUCAUCAGCGCGCUCCCGGAAAAGCUCGUCUCGCCUGGCGUUUACCUCUCGCUCUUCCUACAGGGCUUGUUCGGUAUCCUCGUCUUCCCGUGCGCUCUCAUCCUGCUCAAAAAUGCAACGCCCUCGCCGCUCGUGCUGGGCCGCGUCAACGGCGCAGCAAUGUCGGCGUGCUGUCUUGCACGAACCGUUUCCAGCCCGCUUGUGGGUGUUGUGUACGCCACGGGAGGCAGCGCAGCGGCGUGGUUCUUCCUAGCUGCGUGCGCAGUCGUCGGAGCGUUGCAGUUAAUCUGGGUGCCCAAGGAACACGUGGACAAGAUCAAGGUGGAGAACAUAGUCAAGGACGCCGUGCACGAGGCUAUUCACCCGCACCAUUCCCAUCCCCACAUCAGCGACACGGAUAGCGUGGCGGUCGCGGACUACGAUGAUUGA